CGUGUGGAUUGCUUUUUUUCUGUGUUCGUUCGGCGGACUGCGGGGCAGAAAAGAAAAAUUGCACCAGUAGAGUGUGCGGUGGCAAGAGAAAGGCAAUUCCUCCGUGUGACAGAAAAUAAAAACGUGGAUUAAAAGUUGCUGGGUUUACUGGUUUAGAUCUGACUGAAGGACUAUUUUGCGUCUGUCUUUUUUAAGAAGCAGAACACUGUUAGUACAGGACGAGAAAAUGGACACCUCACUGACGGCGAAGCAGAUCCGGAACAUUUUCCUGGACUUUUUCAAGGAGAAGCAGCAUCUCUAUGUGCACUCUUCGUCGACGAUUCCAAUGGACGAUCCGACGCUGUUGUUUGCCAACGCCGGAAUGAACCAAUUCAAGCCAAUCUUCCUGGGAACGGUCGAGCCGAACAGCGACAUGGCCAAGUGGGUUCGUACGGCCAAUACCCAGAAGUGCAUCCGUGCCGGUGGCAAGCACAACGAUCUGGAUGACGUCGGAAAGGACGUGUACCAUCAUACGUUCUUUGAGAUGUUGGGAAAUUGGUCCUUUGGAGAUUACUUCAAGAAGGAGAUCUGUACCUGGGCUUGGGAGCUGCUGACGGAAAGGUUGAAACUCCCGAAGGAUCGGUUGUAUGUGACUUACUUUGGAGGACAUCCGGAGUCCGGUUUGGAACCGGAUUUGGAGUGUCGUGAGUUGUGGUUGAAGUUGGGCGUAAAGGAAGAGCAUAUCCUUCCCGGAAGCAUGAAGGACAAUUUCUGGGAGAUGGGGGAGACGGGUCCGUGCGGUCCUUGCUCGGAGUUGCACUUUGACCGAAUUGGAGGUCGAAGCGUACCGGAGUUGGUCAAUAUGGACGAUCCGGACGUGUUGGAAAUCUGGAACUUGGUGUUCAUUCAGUUCAAUCGCGAGCAGGACGGAUCCUUAAAGUCACUCCCGAAAAAACACAUUGAUUGUGGCAUGGGAUACGAACGUCUCGUAUCAGUUAUCCAGGACAAGCGGUCAAACUACGAUACGGAUGUAUUUGUACCGUUGUUUGAGGCUAUUCAGAAAGGAACUGGAGCUCCUGAUUAUCAAGGACGCGUUGGAACUGCCGAUGUGGAUGGCGUUGACAUGGCCUAUCGAGUCCUGGCAGACCAUGCUCGUACUAUCACGAUUGCGCUCGCUGACGGUGGUUUCCCGGACAAUACCGGUCGAGGUUAUGUGCUGCGAAGAAUUCUCCGCCGUGCAGUCCGCUAUGCCACCGAGAAACUUAACGCCAAGCCUGGCUUCUUCGCUACGCUAGUAGACACGGUCGUACUCUUGCUUGGAGACACCUUCCCGGAAGUCAAGAAAGAUCCCCAACACAUCAAGAACAUCAUCAACGAAGAGGAGCAACAAUUCUUGAAGACAUUGACUCGCGGACGAAACCUCCUGAACCGAACUAUUGCCAAGCUGGGUGACAGCAAGGUCAUCCCUGGAGACGUCGCUUGGCGACUGUACGAUACCUACGGUUUCCCGAUUGAUCUGACCCAACUGAUGGCCGAGGAGAAGAACAUGACCAUCGAUAUGGAGGGCUAUGAGAAGGCCAAGCACCAGUCGUACAUUCUGUCCCAAGGCAAGGAGAAAUCCAAAGUUGCCACAGUGGAUCUGGAUGUGCAUGCCAUCUCCGAGUUGCAGGAGAAGAAGGUUCCGACGACGGACGAUUCUUUCAAGUACCUAUACCAAGCCGAUACUGAUCCAAUGGCAGAGUACAAGUUUGAAUCGUGCAAUGGAAAGGUCCUGGCAUUGCGCGCCAAUAACGCUUUCGUGGACGAAGUUCAAGCUGGACAGGAGUGCGCCGUGAUUCUGGACAAGACCAACUUCUACGCCGAAAGUGGUGGCCAGAUCUACGAUCAAGGCUAUUUGGUCAAGGUCAACGAUGAAAGCACGGAAUUCAACGUCAAUCUGACAUACAACCGUGGAGGAUACAUCCUGCACAUUGGUGUCGUGGAAGGAACGCUGCGCGUUGGCGAUGAAGUCGCCUGCCACAUGGACACGGUCCGUCGUCAGCUCACGAUGAAGAACCACUCGGCCACGCACGCCCUCAAUCAUUCCCUACUGAAGGUUCUCGGCCAGGACACGGAUCAGCGUGGUUCAUUGGUCGUUCCGGAGAAGCUGCGCUUCGAUUUCACCACCAAAUCCGCCAUGACCAUCGAACAGGUCGCCGAAGCGGAACGUCUCACCCGCGAGGUUGUCAAGAAGAACAUGCAAGUCUACGCGAAGGAAUCCAAACUGUCCGUUGCCAAGAGCAUCAAGGGCCUCCGAUCGGUUUUCGACGAAGUCUACCCGGAUCCGGUGCGUGUAAUUUCGUUCGGUGUUCCGGUCGAAACCCUGGCAGCCAACCCGAACGGUGAGGAAGGAGUUGAAACCUCCGUUGAAUUUUGCGGCGGCACUCAUCUGCAUCAAUCCGGUCACAUGUGGGAUUUUGUCAUCACCACCGAAGAAGCCAUCGCUAAGGGAAUCCGUCGCAUUGUCGCCCUGACCGGACCCGAAGCUUUGAAGGCACUCAAGAAAACCGAACUGCUCGAAACUGAAUUGAAUGCUCUAAAAGCCACCAUCGAUGCCGAUAAAACUGGCAAAGACUCCAAGGAGCACGUCAAGAAGAUCGUCGAACUAAACGAAGACGUCUCGCAAGCUGUCAUUCCCUACGUCAAGAAGGACGAAAUCCGGAACGUUCUCAAAUCACUCAAGAAAGCUCUGGACGACAAGGAACGUGCCGUAAGGGCUGCCCUCUCGACAACGGUCGUAGAGAAGGCCAAGGAACUAUCCGAAGCCAAUAAGGAUGCUUUGUUCCUCGUCCAUCGAAUGGACGCUUACAACAACACCAAGGCACUGGAUUCCGCCCUGAAGGAAGUCCGCAAAAUCAACCCCGAACAGUCGGCACUGUUCGUUUCAUCCGAUCCGGAUUCGAAGAAGAUCUUUUGUCUAGCUUCGGUUCCGAAGUCGGCCGUCGAGAAAGGACUGAAGGCAAACGAGUGGAUUUCGCACAUUUCUCCGAAGAUGGGCGGAAAAGGCGGUGGCAAACCGGAAUCAGCUCAAGCUUCCGGUGGGAACUUUGACAAGGUGGAAGAGAUUCUGGAACUGGCACGGCAGUUUGCUGCUUCCAAGCUGUCCUAAAGCAUGGAACAGGAAUGAACCUACCGGAAGUGCAUUUUUUCAAUUGUAACAGUUUGGAUAUCGAAUUAAGUUGCUUAAAUUAUACUUUCCAUACUUAAAAUCACCGAUGCUAAGAUCAGCUUUUAAAAUA